AUGGUGAGAUCUACCAGCCUCUUAGCCAGUGCAUGGCUAUUGCAGGGCGUUCAUGGGGCCAGCUUGACACAUGCACCGAGUACCACUGUCAACACAGCAUACUCUCAGUUUACCGUCCCUGCUGCAGCUGAUGAGGGGGCUAAUUUGAUUGCCAACAUCGAUGACCCCCAAGCUAUCGACGCGCAGACGGCCUGCCCUGGCUACAAAGCAACCGACAUCCAUCAUGAUUCCAGCGGGCUCACGGCUACCUUGAAGUUGGCUGGCGACCCAUGCAAUGCAUAUGGAAAUGACGUGGACUCACUGGAUCUUUCGAUCAAGUACCUUGCGACAGAUCGACUCAGCGUUGAGAUCACGCCGACGUACAUGGAUUCUUCGAACUCGUCAUGGUUUCUGCUUCCCGAGGACCUUGUACCUCGACCAAAGGCCGACAAGCACGCAUCCAAAUCACAGAGUGACAUUGAGAUCUCUUGGACCAAUGAACCGUCUUUCGGUUUCAAGUUGAUUCGCAAGUCGAACAAGGAUGUUAUCUUCGAUACCACGGGCACUGUUUUGGUGUUUGAGGACCAGUUCAUUGAGUUCGUCACUGCCUUGCCCGAUGACUACAAUCUUUACGGAAUCGGCGAGCAUAUUCAGCAAUUGCGUCUUCUGCAGAACAAGACACUCACGCUUUACGCAUCGGAUACUGCGGACCCAAUUGAUGGCAACAUCUAUGGAUCUCAUCCAUUUUACCUCGACACUCGCUACUACGAGGUCGAUGGAAAGGGUCAUCACAAGCUGGUGUCAAGUGACCACGCUGAUCAGUCCAAAGAUUAUGUUUCCUAUUCGCACGGUGUCUUCAUGAGAAAUGCCCAUGGUCAGGAGGUCCUUACCCGCCCUCGAAGCCUCAUUUGGCGUGCUCUUGGUGGAAGCAUUGACUUGACCUUCUACUCUGGACCAACCCAAGCCGAUGUCACAAGAGACUACCAGGUCAGCACUGUUGGUCUUCCUGCGAUGCAGCAGUACUUUUCAUUUGGCUACCACCAGUGCCGCUGGGGAUAUCAGAAUUGGUCUGUGAUGGAUUCGGUCUUGUCAACCUUUGAGAAAUUCGAAAUUCCUCUCGAGACUCUCUGGAAUGAUAUUGAUUACAUGAAGGCCUACCGUGAUUUCGAAAACGACCCAAACAGCUUUGGAUAUCCUGAGGGCGAGAAGUUCUUGCAGAAACUUCACGAUGGUGGUCGCCACUAUGUCCCCAUCGUCGAUUCGGCUCUUUACAUCCCGAAUCCUCAUAAUGCGUCCGACGCCUACGAACCAUAUACCCGCGGAGCCAAAGAUAGCGUUUUCCUGAAGAACCCCGAUGGAAGCACCUACAUCGGUGCUGUCUGGCCUGGAUACACAGUGUACCCCGAUUGGCAAGAUCCUAAGGCCCGUGCCUACUGGGCAAAUGAGCUCGUGACCUGGUACAAGAAAAUUCGCUUCGACGGGAUUUGGAUCGAUAUGAGCGAGGUCUCAUCUUUCUGCGUUGGAAGCUGCGGAAGCCACAACCUCAGCUUGAACCCGGUUCACCCUUCAUUUUUGCUUCCCGGAGAAGAAGGUAAUAUUGUCUUCGAUUAUCCUGAGUGGUUCAAUAUCACAAAUGCGACCGAGGCCGCAUCUGCAUCAGCAGGGUCCUCGAGUCAAGCUGCGGCUACAAGCACCGCUGGGACUGAGUCAACUACGACGAUGUCUUACCUCCGUACUUCCCCUACCCCGGGCAAGCGUGACAUCAACUAUCCUCCUUACGUCAUUAACCAUGAUCAGGCUGGUCACGACCUGGCUGUUCACGCUGUAUCUCCCAAUGCUACACACAAUAAUGGCGUACAGGAAUAUGACGUGCAUAAUCUUUGGGGAUACCAAAUUCUAAAUGCGACUUACCAUGGUCUACGCGAGGUUGACUCAGUGAAGCGCCCGUUCAUUAUCGGGCGCUCGACUUUCGCAGGAGCUGGCAAAUGGGCAGGUCACUGGGGUGGUGAUAACUUCUCCAAGUGGGCAUACAUGUUCUUCUCCAUUCCACAGGCGCUGUCAUUCUCUCUCUUUGGUAUUCCCAUGUUUGGCGUUGACACCUGCGGCUUCAACGGAAACAGUGAUGAGGAGCUUUGCAACCGAUGGAUGCAGCUUUCGGCAUUCUUCCCCUUCUACCGGAAUCACAAUGAGCUCUCGACGAUUGGUCAGGAGCCGUACCAAUGGGCCUCCGUCAUUGAUGCUUCCAAGUCGGCUAUGAAGAUUCGCUAUGCCAUUCUCCCCUACUUCUACACCUUGUUCCAUCUCGCUCAUACCACCGGUUCGACUGUCAUGCGGGCCCUGGCCUGGGAGUUUCCCAACGACCCGUCGCUGGCAAACGUCAAUACCCAGUUCCUGCUCGGUCCCUCCAUUAUGGUGAUUCCGGUUCUUGAGCCCCAGGUCGACUACGUCCGCGGAGUCUUCCCUGGCGUGAAGGAGGGCGAGAUCUGGUAUGAUUGGUACAACCAGACUGCCGUCAACGCUCAGCCAGGAGUCAACACUACCAUCUCCGCUCCAUUGGGUCACAUCCCCGUAUACCUUCGCGGCGGCCAUGUCAUCCCUAUGCAGGAGCCCGCAUUGACUACUCGCGAUGCUCGCAACUCCCCAUGGUCUCUCAUGGCUUCUCUCGAUGGAAGCCAAUCUGCCACAGGACAGCUUUACCUUGACGACGGAGAAAGUGUAGAGCCAGAUGCUACACGUACUGUGCGGUUCACAGCUACCCAAUCUAGCAUCUCUGCUGUCUCGGAGGGAAACUUCCAAGAUACAAACAAACUUGCCAACAUCACUAUCUUGGGCUUGAAGCUUCCUCAUGCGGACGUGAGUAAAGGUCUGAAAUCUUUGACACUAAAUGGCAAGCCGCUUCCGCCAACGGUUGCCACCUACAACGCCGACCUGCAUAUUCUUUCCAUUACUGGUCUGCAACACUGGUUGAAGGGUGGAGCUUGGGAACAGAACUGGGUCUUGAAAUGGUAG